AGAGAGAGAGAAAAGGAGAAGUAUCUGUUUGUGCAGAGAGUUGUGAAGUUGACAGAGUGAGGACCUGCCCCAAGAGAGGCUUGGAGGUUCCCACCUCUGGAAGCUCCACAGGACUCAGGAAGGGGACAGCUCCCGCCAGGUGCGGGGUGCACACUGAGAAUGCCGCGCUCCUUCCUGGUGAAGAGCAAGAAGGCCCACACCUACCACCAGCCCCGUGUGCAGGAGGAUGGCCUGCUCUGGCCUCCUGUGCACACCCCUGAGGCCCGGGAGCAGGUCCUGAGCAGUGGCCUUCUCCUCAGCACCCUCUUCCCAAGCCAGGGCCUGGAUUGGCCCAACCCCAAGCAGAAACCAAAGCUGGAGCAGGACCAGAGCUUGGCCAGGGCAGUUGCACCCCCAGAGGGCCCUGUUGUGAUGUCCCGAGCCCAGGAUGGGGAUUCGCCACUCUCCGACUCACCUCCGUUCUACAAGCCCAGCAUCUCCUGGGACACCCUGACCUCGUCCUACAGCCACAGCUACCCACAAGCCCCCUCCACCAUGCAGUCCGCCUUCCUAGAGCGCUCCGUCAGCCUGUACGGCAGCCCCCUGGUGCCCAGCGCUGAGCCCCCCUUGGACUUCAGCCUCCACUACUCCCCCAGCAUGGAGGCGUAUCAUUGCAUCAAGUGCAACAAGGUGUUCUCCACCCCUCACGGGCUCGAGGUGCAUGUGCGGCGUGCCCACAGUGGGACCCGGCCCUUUGCCUGUGACAUCUGUGGCAAAACCUUCGGCCAUGCCGUAAGCCUGGAGCAGCACACGCAUGUCCACUCCCAGGAGCGCAGCUUCCAGUGCCGCAUGUGUGGCAAGUCCUUCAAGCGCUCGUCCACGCUGUCCACCCACCUGCUCAUCCACUCAGACACACGGCCCUACCCCUGCCAGUUCUGCGGCAAGCGCUUCCACCAGAAGUCCGACAUGAAGAAGCAUACCUACAUCCACACCGGUGAGAAGCCGCACAAGUGUCAGGUGUGCGGGAAGGCCUUCAGCCAGAGCUCCAACCUCAUCACCCACAGCCGCAAGCACACAGGCUUCAAGCCCUUCAGCUGUGAGCUGUGCGCCAAGGGCUUCCAGCGCAAGGUGGAUCUGCGCCGGCACCGAGAGAGCCAGCACAAUCUCAAGUGA